GGCAGUUCAUAACCAACAAAUAUACGAGUGCACGCGAAUUGCUUCACUUAAAGUUUUAUAAAACUUCCUUGCAACUUUAAUGAAAAGUAGAAAAUAACAGUGUGCAAUUUAAAAGCAUAAACAUAAAACAGUUUUGAAAUGGUGGAAGCGGGGCAAAAUGUUUCAAUCGAUAAUCUAGACAAGGAUCAAAUGAAAACGUUUUCUGAUUUUCUGAUGUCUUACAAUAAACUAUCGGAAAUGUGUUUCUCAGAUUGUGUUCGCGACUUUACUUCGCGUGUGGUCAAAGACAAUGAGGAGCGCUGUGCACUUAAUUGUAUGGAGAAGUACCUGAAAAUGAAUCAACGCAUUUCACAGCGUUUCCAAGAGUUUCAAAUGAUUGCCAAUGAAAACGCAAUAGCGAUGGCGCAAAAGACUGGGAAACUUUAACGCAUUCCAACAUGCACCUUUUGAUCGAUAAUAAGCACAGAUGAACACUGACAUAUUAAACCAUGUACGUUCGAAUGCAUUUCCGCACACAUUUAAAAGUAUAUAAAUUCACCGACUUUAUAGGUAUACACCAAAUUGAGCAAGUGCCCAGACGCUGGCAAAAUAGCAGAUUAGCUUAAACAACAGUUGUUGCAACAGGGUGCCAGACCACUUGCUCAAUUUAGGGGAUACCACGAGUGUUUUCUAAAAGUGGGACUCGUCACCAUGUUUCGAGUUUCCUCACGUUACUACCUACUACAAAAAAUUAAAUAAAUA